GCAAGACCCGGACCUUAGCAGUAUUGCUUUUCUUCUCGUCGCAGUAGCACAAGGCUGCCAGCAAGCGGCCCAGCACCAAGGCUGAGGCUGAGAGCUGAGAACUGAGAGCUGAAUGAUGUUACUGCUCUCGCUCCCCCUCCUCCUGCUGUUGCUUCUUCCAGAUCUAUGUAGGUUUCCCAGUUGACUAUGCUGACAGUGUCUUGUCUUUGUGGCCCAAGACAAACAUGUCGACCUCAAUAUCAGGCCGUACUGAUACAUCGGUACCUGCGUCUUCGAGCUACGACACCACUGGUACUUCGAAUGCACCUCCCUCAGAACCCCAAGAUGGUGUCGGGCGGUUUGUGCCGAAUGUAUUCGACCUCGUCUACAUUGCGCGGCGGGCCGAAAUCUCUGUUGCUCGGCCGGUGAUGCAGCUGUUUCUCGGAGCGCAGGCCAUUGACCAGUCCACCUAUCUCGGGCAAGGCGCCUCGUUCGAAGUAUCCUACAAGAAGGUUCCGAAGUCAGAUGGCAUUGAAUAUGAGACAAAAGGCAUAGGCUUGACGCUAUCCACCAGGCAAGGACAAUUUGACGAGCGGGUGCUGGUAUACAAGACAGCCAAGAUCGCCUUCAGUGAGCUGGGAGAGCCAAUGCCAAAGGACCGCAGAGCAAUGGAAUCGGUCCUCAUGGAGAUAUAUGCGUUGAUUCACCCGCCUCUUUACAAACAUCGCAACAUAGUGACGCUCCUUGCUUUGGGAUGGGGGACCAAUCCAUAUACUACAUCAUACAAGCUGCCGGUUGUUGUGACUGAAUAUGCUGACCAUGGCAAUCUAGCAGCUCUCCAGGCGAAGGAGAUUCUCACCUCAGACAUCAAAGUAAACCUCAGUCUCGACAUUGGGCGAGGUCUCCAGGUGUUACAUCGUUGCGGCAUCAUUCAUGGAGAUGUCAAAUCGGAGAACAUUCUGAUAUUUUCCGACCCAGACAAGAAGUAUGUCGCCAAACUCGGUGACUUUGGCUUCUCGAUCGUAGGCGAGCCAUCUGCUGAUUCGGUGCGCAUUGGAGGAACGACGCCAUGGAGAGCGCCAGAAACAGCUGUGGCGGUCCCCCGCCAUCUUCUUGCACAAACCGAUGUGUACUCGUUUGGGCUGACAAUAUGGCGCGUUGCAAUGGACGGGCUCAACCCAUUCCGUAUUCUCCUUGACCCUACUAGCACUGGGAACAGCCUGGCAGAGCAGAUAGAGCUCCUUAAGGAUCAAGAUAUGCUGAAAGACAAGGCCGAUCUCGAAAUGUGGUAUCCGCCCUUUGUACUCUCGUCGAUGGAGAGGCUCGCUGAUGGUUCGUUGCCUGACUUGAUGCAAGUUGUCCAGAUGGUACAGCAGGUACAGACAAGGCUGGCUGCGGGCGGGAUGAAUAUGCUCCAGGCCAUCGAUUACUUCAAGUACAUUUACUGGGUAUUGCAGCAGCGUGGCAUGUCCAAUAUGCCAGUAUACGAGCAAAUCAAGCAGGCUCUUCUGCAGACUGCCCUGAUGGAUCCCUUCUAUGGCAAAGUCACUGAAGUUCUGAAAAGAACUGUCCGUCGAGAUCCAUUGGACCGCAACCUUGAGCAAGCCAUGACGGCUCUAUCUGGGACUACUGACGUCCAACAGGACACUGGUGAUGCAGAUCGAGACAUACGCCUGCAGCGAAGCUUCGACCAUCAUCUGAUGUCCUGGCAAGCCAUCAGAGAACUCCAACCAUCUGUCCAAACCUUUCUCUUAGAGAGAUUCCGUGCCCGAACAGACUCUAACGCUGCUGGAAGCAAAGUUAACCCACCAGAGUGUUUCGUCCUUGCGGCCUUCUACAUGAACGGAUACGGCACCCAGCCUGAUGUUGAGGAAGCGCGACGUUUGAUCCUCCAUGCUGCACGCUAUGGACACGAAGUGUCACAGGCACACGCCUGGCGUAUAUCCAAAGUAUCAGGAAACGAGCUUUCGGUCGACGAGCAGCUGCUGAAAAUGCUCGAAAACAGGGCUAUGAACGGGUCGAGAGCGGCGUUGAAUGACCUUGGAUUGAUCGCACCGGAAAAGGUUGAGAGGAUCAAGAAGAUUCUCAAGCUGGGAUUGGCAGGAGUCGGUGCGUCGUUUUUUUGCGACGAUCUCAUCCAUGGGUUUGGGUUCCCCCAAUGGAUGAACACCUUCAAGAACACAACGAUACUGGUUCAAAACCUCCGAAAUCUGAACGCGAUAGCCGAUUACCGGGUGAACAAACGUGGCGACCGCAUUUUGCACAUGGCAGCAAGCUGUGGCGAACCGCAAGCAAUCACGGCGCUCCUGGACAACUUCCCGACGUUGACAGUAAACCAGCUGAACGAUGCAGGUGAAACGCCGUUGCUUUCCGCCUGCCGCGCUGGGCAGCGGGAAGUCGUGAAACUCUUGAUCGAGAUCGGGGCCGAUCCGACCAUUGUGACAAGCUCGAAAGAGUCUCCUCUGCACUGGCUCAUUUCGUUUGAGGAAGACGAAGUCGAGGAAAUUGGGAAUUCCCUUGUAUCCAAGGGUGCCAACAUACGGCUCUUGACAACUAAGCCAAUCAAUUACAGCAAUUUUCCCUCAGGAGUCGACGCCGACACUCUACCUCCCGGCACACCUUUGACGUGGGCCGUGCAUCACGACCGGGCCGACAUCAUCAAGUUUCUGAUCCGUGCUGCUGGAACGGCUGCCAUCUGUGUCGACAAAUCACCCAACCAACCUUCACCGAUGGAAUGGGCUGCACACUAUCACCACCGAGCAUGCCUCGAGCGGAUGAUUUCGGCCAUGAAAGAAGAGAAACUAGGCUAUACGUACCUCCAUUUUCUCCAGGCUGCUGUUCACAGUGCAGAUAAGUUCUCCAUGGUCUUGAGGAAUGGCAUCGCCUACAUGGAUCGAUUCAAGGAUACCAUGGACUAUCUACUAGAAGAGACUCAUCGUGUGUCAUUUGCUACCGGCAUCGGAGCGUUCGGAUACACCUUGCUCUACUACGCCGUAUCCGAAGCCCACGACUUGGCGGUGGAGUAUUUGCUAUCUGAUGAAACCGAGCAGCUCCUCCAAGCCGGCUGGGAAAAGGCGAAAGAAGCGGCAAAAGAGGAUUCCGAUAUCCCUGUCCGUCGAUACGGUACAUUCAGUCGCGAGCAUAUCAAUAUCACAUGUGGAGAUGAACAACGCACGCCGCUGCUAGAGUGUGUGCGUUGGAAUAGGUGGAAGCUCUUUGAUCUGCUUGUCAGCAAUGGAGCGGACGUCACUGCCAGGAGCCGAAACCCCUUUGACAAUACGAAAACCGACUGGAGCGCUCUUCACACGUUCGCACACGCUGCUCAUAACAGUGAUGUUUCGCUAGCGGAGCGGAUUAUAGAGGCAGGGGUUCCAGCAGACGCUCAAAUGGAAGGCAGCAGUGAUCUCGAGUCACCUCUCUUGGUGGCUUUGAAAAACAAUGCAUACAACCUAGCAGAGUUACUACUUGGACACGGCGCCGACCUCAACAGGAAAUGCAUUUCGUCCGGUCUGAUAGCGCUAGAACAUCCCACAACGAUCCUCGGUCACUUGGUGGCCUCAACGGCUCGCGAGUCCGCGUCCCGCAUCCGUUUCGUUUUGAGCCGAGGUCGCCCUGCCGUCACAAACGAGAAGGAAGCUGAAGCUGUGACGACCGUUGAUACCAUUGUAGAGCCAGCGCGAUCAUUGACGGCAGUACACCGAGCCGCUUGGGCUUACAAAGGUGUCUUUGACCGUAGCCCAGAUGGUGAGGUUCAGCCAGUCAAGCGGGCCAACUAUGAUUUUGCUCAGAAUCGCGAAAUCAUGUACGAGUUGCUCCAGCACCUGGGUGGCUUUGGCUCGCAAAGCUACCUCAACGCCAGAACAGGUGACGCACUUUUGCGCCAAACAGCGCUUCAUCUGGCAGUUGACGCGAUUAAUGUCAGAUGUGUCGAGUUGUUGCUCGACACGGGAGCAGUAGACGUCAGCCUUGCAGAUGCGCAAGGAUGCACGGCGUUGGACUUGGCCAUCCAGGGCGCCCGUCAUGCCGGCAUCAAAUGCGACGGACCAUGUGAGCAAGUACCCCUUCCUGGUCGGAGGUGGCAUUGCAUCAUCUGUCCGGACCAUGAUCUGUGCGAUACAUGUCGGGGAGUGAUAGAACCGACUUCUCGUGGACAACAUGAGUUCAGAGAGGUGACUCUGGGUGAAACUUGCGCCGACAUCUCUGCAAAGAGCAAGUGGCGGGUGCGUGUACCCGAAGAAAUGGAGGACAUGGCGGAGAUUAUUGAUUUGCUGCAAGCGAGACAAGUGAUCAACACGACUCAGGACGCAUUUGCAUCGCUGGGUGUCUCGGAUCAAACAGUGAGCUGAGAAACGACUGGUUCCCUCUCCCCUCUCUGCUUCCGUGGGUUGGUCAAAGAGGAGACAAACUUGGUCACGACUACCUUUCAGUGUGCACUGCACGCAGUGGAUAUGAUAUCACACAGACUGGGAAAUAAAAUAUUUGCACAGUGAGAGAUCGUCUCUGCUUUUCUCAUGUUCGGCAAUUCUCCAAACUUCGAACCAUAUCCAGCAGAUCCUGAAGCGUGUCGGGAGCAGCAUCCAGCGGACUCAAGCCAUGAUUCAAACAAACCCCAACCUGCCUGGCAUAUGUAUCACCCAUACGAUAAUGAACUUGUCCAUUUUUGACCUCGUGAUCGAUCAGGUGUUUCGGCACUUGUGCAAUAUCGUUCAGCGAAACACUGUAUGUUGCUGUAGGCUGCUUUCGGACAUCCACACAAUCCUUGACUAUAUAUUUCAACGCCUUCCAUUCAGCCAGUUCGACCAAGACCAGACCGAGACUAUAAAGGUCCAUGUGCUUUUGGAACGAGGUGGACGGCUCGCCCAGGGCAUGCGGGUGCCGGUAGAUGUCGGCCUGGGGCUCGGACGAAGGCUGCUCUGAGAUCUCGGCGGGCGAGUCUUGUCGCGAGAACGAGAAGCCCGUCACAUACGGGACCGACCAGUCGUUGUCGAAGAAGACGACGUUUUCGGACCGGAGGUCCUUGUGCAGCCAGCCUGCGGUGUGCAGAAUCAAUAGCGUGUUGGCGAGCUUCGAGGCGAUGUCGAGUCGCGUGGUUACGCUGGGUGAUUUGAGGGUUUUGUUCUCGCGGAUCAAUUCGUUGAGGGAUUUGGGUGGUGAUCUGGUCUUGACUUGUGCAGCGUCGCUGGAAUCCCCGAUGGAUGUUUGGGGAUAACUGUAUACAAAGACAAAGCGGUCGCCGUCCUCGAAGAAACCUAGACAUCGCAGCGUGUGGAACGACGGGUGUUUGACUCGAGACAAUAAAAAUGCCAGACCCUUGACUCGCGAAAGAAGCUUUC